UCUCUCUUUCUCUUUCUCUUCUCUCUAUCUAUCUAUCAAUCCUGCAACCUCCACUACUCAUCUGUGAUUCUCCACUAUCUAUCUUACUAUCUCCCAAAGAACCCGCCAACCUUUACAAAAGAGAAAGCUCUUCGAGAGGAAUCAUCCUUCCACAGCCAUGGUUUUCACUUCAAUCCCUCCUUAUCUUGAUCCAGCCAACUGGCAGCAACAGCAGCCUCAUCAUCAUCAUCAUCAUACGGGCAAUCUCGCCGGCGGUACGAGCUCUCAGCCGCAGCAGCAGCUUCUUUCGCCGCCACAGCCUCCGCCUUCGCUGCCUCCACCGCAGCCUCAUGGAGCGGGAGGUACGGGUUCGAUCAGGCCUGGUUCCAUGGCUGAUCGAGCCAGGAUGGCGAACAUACCCAUGCCGGAGGCUGCUCUGAAAUGUCCCAGAUGUGAAUCUACCAACACCAAGUUUUGCUACUUCAACAACUAUAGCCUCUCUCAGCCUCGUCACUUCUGCAAGACUUGUCGGAGGUACUGGACCCGUGGCGGCGCUCUGAGGAAUGUACCUGUCGGAGGGGGAUGCCGGAGGAACAAGAGAAGCAAAGGAAGCAGCUCCAAGUCACCGGCGAGUUCAGAUCGUCAAGCUGGGAGCACAAGUUCCACCAACUCCGUUUCUUCUAACAGUAAUUCCGCCGGCGACAUAAUAGGCCUGGCCCCUCAUGCGCCACAGCUCAGAUUUAUGUCUCCGUUACUCGCUGAUUUCGCUGCUGCCGGUGACAUGGGAUUAAACUACGGCGUAAACUAUAACGCAAUUUCAGCUCCAAUGGGUGGAGUAAUCGGCGACUUAAACUUCCAAAUAGGGAGUGCUUUAGGUGGAGGAGGAAGUGGCAGCACCGCUGCCGCCGGAGGAAGCAGCAGCGGGUCGAUCUUGUUUGCUCCGGGUUUGGAGCAAUGGCUGCCGCAAACACAGCAAUUUCCCUUCUUGGCUGGACUGGAAGGUUCACCUGGAUUGUACUCGUUUGAAGGUGGCACUGCCGGAGAGGGACUGGGAUACGGCAGCAUGAGUCUCCGGCCAAAGGCGUCACCAACAACAUCCGGGGUGAUAACUCAGCUGGCUUCGGUGAAAAUGGAGGACAAUAAUAAUCAGGAGAUGAAUUUGUCAAGGCAAUUCCAACUGGGAAGUGAGCAGUAUUGGGGUACUGGUGGUUCUACUUCUGCUUGGACUGAUCUUUCUGGAUUUAGCUCAUCUUCAGCUACUAGCAAUCCGCUAUAGAUAAUUUCAGCUCUUUGUGAAGCUUCUUGUUUUUGUUAGUGUGGCUUCCACUUUUUUACUUAUUAACUUCUUCCACAACAAAGUUUCAUCUGAAAAUCCUUCUGGGAGUUGGCCAGCAUCAUGAUGAUGAUGAUGAUGAGCAAUUCUGGGGAUGAUAAUGGAUGAGUACUUUGUUUCUUAUUUCAAACCAAAUGAUGAGAACCCUAGGGAUAUGUUAUAGUUCUUUUACUUAUGAUCUUUAAAUGUUUUUCUUUA